UGCAUGUGCGGCUCCCAGUGUGGCGGGCGCGGUGCGGAGGCGCCGUGAGCGUGUGGGCCGCUUGUCGCACGGUGAUUGCCGCGGGACGGGCUCCUAGGAAGGCGGAUGCCGUGCGUCCGGGAGAGGCGUUCCCAACAACUUGCUUCUCCUCAGCUUGAGUGACACUCUGCCGUCCCACCAUGGGCAAGAAGGGCAAAGUCGGCAAGAGCCGGCGAGACAAGUUCUAUCACUUGGCAAAGGAGACGGGGUACCGUUCCCGCUCGGCUUUCAAGCUGAUCCAGCUGAACCGCCGCUUUCAGUUCCUGCAGAAGGCCCGGGCCUUGCUGGACCUCUGUGCGGCGCCAGGAGGGUGGCUGCAGGUGGCUGCCAAGUUUAUGCCUGUGUCCAGUCUUAUUGUGGGAGUGGACCUGGUUCCAAUCAAGCCUCUCCCCAAUGUGGUGACACUGCAGGAGGACAUCACGACAGAACGCUGUAGGCAGGCCCUGAGAAAGGAGCUGAAGACCUGGAAGGUUGAUGUCGUGCUCAAUGACGGGGCCCCCAACGUUGGGGCCAGCUGGGUUCACGAUGCUUACUCGCAAGCCCACUUGACCCUGAUGGCUUUGCGUCUGGCUUGUGAUUUUCUGGCCCGCGGUGGCUACUUCAUCACAAAGGUCUUCCGUUCCCGUGACUAUCAGCCGCUGCUGUGGAUCUUCCAGCAGCUGUUCCGCCGUGUCCAGGCUACCAAGCCCCAAGCCUCUCGCCAUGAAUCUGCAGAGAUCUUUGUUGUAUGCCAAGGAUUCCUGGCUCCUGACAAGGUUGACAGUAAAUUCUUCGAUCCUAAAUUUGCCUUCAAGGAGGUUGAAGUUCAGGCUAAAACUGUUACUGAGUUGGUGACUAAGAAGAAGCCAAAGGCUGAAGGCUAUGCAGAGGGCGACCUCACUCUCUUUCACCGUGCCUCCGUCACUGACUUCCUCCGGGCUGCCAACCCCGUCGACUUCCUCUCCAAAGCCAGUGAGAUCUCGCUAGAUGAUGAAGAAUUGGCACAGCAUCCGGCGACCACCGAGGACAUACGGGCAUGCUGUCAGGACAUCAAGGUGCUGGGGCGCAAGGAACUCAGGUCCCUCCUGAACUGGAGAACAAAGCUUCGGCGACAUGUAGCCAAGAAGCUGAAAGAGCAAGCAAAGGCGCUGGACAUCAGCCUCAGCUCAGGAGAGGAAGAAGAGGAGGAGGAGGAGGAGGCGGCGUCAGCAGCUGGGAUCCCAAGGCAGCCCUCUAAAGAGGAGGAGGAAGAGGAGCAAUUAAACCGGACUCUGGCAGAGAUGAAAGCCCAGGAGGUGGCAGAAUUAAAGAGGAAGAAAAAGAAGCUGCUGCGUGAGCAGAGAAAGCAGCGGGAGCGUGUGGAGCUGAAGAUGGAUCUGCCUGGGGUCUCCAUUGCAGAUGAGGGGGAGACUGGCAUGUUCUCACUGCGUACCAUCCGGGGCCACCAGUUGUUAGAGGAAGUAACACAAGGGGAUAUGAGCACUGCAGACACAUUUCUGUCCGAUCUGCCAAGGGAUGACAUCUAUGUGUCAGAGGAGGAGGAGGAUGAGGAUGUGUCUCUGGACAGUGACCUGGAUCCAGAGGAGCUGGCAGGAGUCAGGGGACCUCCGGGUCUGAAGGAACAGAAGCGUGUGCAGUUUGCUGAAGUAGAAGAUGAUAAAGAAGAGGAAGGAGAGAAUCCACUGCUGGUGUCACUGGAGGAAAAGACAGUAUUGCAGGAAGAACAGGCUAACCUGUGGUUCUCAAAGGACGGCUUCAGUGGGAUCGAAGACGAUGCGGAUGAGGCCCUGGAGAUCGGGCAGGCUCAGCUGUUAAACGAGAGCCGUCGGAAGGCGCAGCAGCAGCCAGCACCACCACCAGCACCUUCCAGUCUGAAGAGUCAGAGAGAGUCUCGGUGCCCGGAUGAGGCCUCUGAAGUGAGGAAGGCUCCCCUGGAGACAGACGCUGCCCCUGGCCCUGGCAGGGGAGAGGACAGCUCAGACAGUGACAGCAGUAGCAGUGAGGAUGAAGGGAGUUGGGAACCAUCCCAUGGUAAGAAGCGACGCCGGGGGCCGAAGUCAGAUGAUGCUGGGUUCGAGGUGGUGCCUAUCGAGGACCCAGCGAAACGUCGGAUACUGGACCCUGAAGGCCUGGCUCUAGGUGCUGUGAUAGCCUCUUCUAAAAAGGCCAAGCGAGACCUCAUAGAUAACUCCUUCAACCGGUAUACCUUCAAUGAGGAUGAAGAGGAACUUCCAGAGUGGUUUGUGCAGGAGGAGAAACAGCACCGGAUCCGGCAGCUGCCUAUUGACAAGAAGGACGUGGAGCAUUACCGGAAACGCUGGAGGGAAAUCAAUGCACGUCCCAUCAAGAAAGUGGCUGAGGCCAAGGCUAGAAAGAAACGGAGGAUGCUGAAGAAGCUGGAGCAGACCAAGAAGAAGGCAGAAGCUGUGGUGAACACCGUGGACAUCUCAGAGCGAGAGAAAGUGGCACAGCUGCGAAGUCUCUACAAGAAAGCAGGGCUUGGCAAGGAGAAACGCCAAGUCACCUAUGUUGUAGCCAAAAAAGGUGUGGGCCGCAAGGUGCGGCGGCCAGCUGGAGUCAGAGGCCACUUCAAAGUGGUGGACUCAAGGAUGAAGAAGGACCAGAGAGCACAGCAGCGCAAGGAACAGAGGAAAAAACACAAACGGAAGUGAGCACAGGCCCAGCCUUAGGACCAGAACAGACUGGAGUGGCUCCCCAUCUCCUUGCUGCCAGCCGAGCGCACACUUGCAUCGCAGCCGUCUGGAGACACUGGGGUGGUUGCUUAGAGCUGGGCAGGGAGGACAAUGACCCUGCAAUCAUUCCAUGAAGAAUGCGGGGUGCUGGAUAAAACUGUCAGAACUUUCUAAUCUCCUAAGGUGGUCUCCCAAGUCUUCCCCUGUCCUACCCCAUUACCUGAAUAAAACAAAGAGG